CGUGCGCGUGCCCGCGCGCCCGUGUGCGGCCCCGUACGCGACGUCAUGAGCGUCUUACUACCCAACAUGGCGGACUUUGAUACCAUUUAUGAGAUAGAAGACGAAGAGGAUGAACAUGUAGUGAGUGAGGAGCACCUGCCCAGGUACUGCCCGGAGCCCGUGGUCAUGCGAGGCGCCGGGCACAUCACAGUGUUUGGACUGAGCAACAAAUUUGACACAGAAUUUCCCUCUGUUCUCACGGGAAAGGUAGCACCAGAGGAAUUCAAAACCAGCAUCAGCAGGAUUAAUGCUUGUCUGAAGAAGAACUUGCCUGUGAAUGUAAAGUGGCUUCUUUGUGGCUGCUUAUGUUGCUGCUGUACAGUGGGCUGCAGUCUAUGGCCCGUUAUCUGCCUCAACAAGAGGACAAGACGGUCUAUUCAGAAGUUGUUAGAGUGGGAAAAUAACCGAUUAUACCACAAGCUGGGGCUGCACUGGAAACUCAGUAAAAGAAAAUGUGAAAGCAGUAACAUGAUGGAAUAUGUGAUUCUUAUAGAAUUCUUACCCAAAUAUCCUAUAUUCCGACCAGACUGAAGAGACCGUCAUCAGACUGGACACGUGGCCCUUGAAUCUUAUCCAUAGUGCCUUGUAUAUACAGUAUGUUGGAAUAAGGGUCUGCACUGGUGUGUCUCGUGAUGACCCAGUACAUCUCCUUGUACAUUGGAAUUUGCAACACUGUCACUUUGCUUUAGAGCAGAUUUUGCACAUUUCCUGACAACUAGGCAUGUCCCCAUCGUUGCACUCUGACGUGUAUUUGUGACAAACAAGAUAAACUCUCAAAGUGCAUUUACCCCAAAGAACCAUCAACCUCUAUCAAUAAUCCCUUGCAAAGAAUGUGAUGCCUCCCACUUCCUUAACUUUCCUUGCCUUAUGUAUGAAAAGAAGUCUACACGUAAGAGGAGGAGGAAGGCAUUGGGUAAUUCAACAAGUCUGUAGAUUUUAAUACUAUUUGUUGGAUUUCCAUUUUUGAAUCCAGUUCUUUGCAAGUAGAUGGGAUGGUUGAAAUUGCCUAACGUAAGGUGUACAUCUCCCUGUGUUUAUUCUUUCCUUAUAACCCUGUGUACAUGGGAACUAUCUAGUAAAAGAACUUGAUCUGUAAAUACCAUGUUAGAAUAAGCUGUUCAUUGGUUUACCAUUGUUUACAUGAAUUUACUUAGCUCUUUAGUUUUUUGCCAAUAUGCUGUACCAUAAUUUUGAUUAAUGAAAGAUGUCUAUGUACCUUUCUAGUUUAUAUGGACCUGUUUACCUUGUAAGCCAUAUAGUUACAAUGUAUGCCAGAGUUAGACUGAGUUUUGCACUUGAGCCCAGGAGAAAGUUGGGAUUUCAGAUUAUUCAUUCAGUCCAUGAGGUUUUUGCCAAUGAAGAUGACACUGAGUGACUCUUCGUCUGUUAAAGCUGGAGAUAGUUGGAAGAUGAGAAUUUAAAGUCUGCACUUCCACACAUUUACAUUUUUCAAUUUCCAAAUUUGCAUUGAUUUUAUACUUUUGUACUUAUACCUAUGCUGUGUUUGGACCUCUCCACGCAUUGGGAAUCACAUACAUCAGUAGUUCAUGGCAUACUGAGCAGAGGUUUUCUUUGUUUUGGUCAUACUCUCCAGUAAUAGUAUACUUUCCUGAAUCUUAGUCAAGAGAUUGCUGCGUUGUGUUGUAUUAGAGUGCCUCUGGAGUAGUUGAACCACACAGACAUACAGGUUGAAAUCUCUUCUCUUGUAAGGGAGAUUCUCAAUCCUUGUCCCAUUAUUGACUCUGUUACCAUUCUUGUAAAUGUUUACCAUCAUGACCUAAUCCCUGAGGAGAGAAAAUAAAAUGUUGAGUUGUA